AUGGUGAUAAAGUUUUAUGAUGUUCAGAGGGAUCCAAAUAUUUGGCCUAAGCCUGACAAAUGUUUGCCCCAGAGGUUUGUUGGGAGCAGUAUAGACGUUCAUGGACGUGACUUCCAGCUUUUACCAUUUGGCUUUGGCAGAAGAAGCUACCCUGGAAUGCAGUUGGGAAUUGUUCUUGUUCGCCUUUUGUUGGCACAGCUAGUGCAUUGCUUUGAUUGGGAACUUCCAAAUGGAUGGGUUCAACAACCAUCCUUGAAGGAGUUUGAGAAUUUGUUAUCAUCACAGGAGCUACUGGCUAAACAAAUGGCUAAUGAAUAUAUUAAAGAAGGGAAAGGAAAUGCUCCAAUGUCCGACAAGAGAAACUUCAAAGUGGAAGCAGCAAGUGGUAGGGCACACUCUCAAUUCUAG